AUGUGCUGGGCGGCAAGCGCGCGGGCAGCGGCUGCCCGAGCGUCGCUCGGCUCCGACAUCCAGGAGGAAGACAUCGAGGAGGACAUCGAGGAGGAACAAAGUCGGCGGGCCGACAAGUGGUCAAGGUUCAAACUCUAUGGCGGUGUGAUUGCGUCGCACGAGCGGUGGCUUCGCUGCCUCGCCGCCUGCGAGCGGCUGGAUGCUGAGAUGGACGACCCGGACGGCGUCAAACAUCGGGAGGCGACACGCUUCAUCGCCGUCUCUCAGUUCGCCUCGGGAGCGUGGCUCGACCUCUGCCCCGACGGCCGGCACUCCUCCAAAAUCACCUCGGAGUACGUGUACGACGCCAAGGAGGCGGCUGGUGAGACAGUCACCAUCGGUAUGCGGAAGGGCGACCAGCUUGCAAACGGAUCGAAGGACAUUCCGUGCGAGCACAAGGCCCACAACAUUCGUCACAACGGCACCAUGUAUGCGGCGGCCAACAUGGUCCGUGCACGAGCCUGCGGCAAGCUCGUGCUCGGUGACAAGGCGAACCCUCAGACGACUUUUCAUCUCAACGAGGGGCACGUCACCGACAUGUGUGAGAUCGGCGGGAACCUGCAGUCCCAGCUCGAUGUCCAGAACGAAGUCAAGGUUCCCAGCACCCUCACAAAGACGAGGGCAGGCAGGCUGGGCAGGGCUUGGCGGCACACGGCGGAUGCUGGCCCGCACGUCCAUGCGACCGGCAAAGGCUGGGUCAAAGAGCACAAGGGACAGCAAUCGUGGCCGGUCCCGCUAUGGAUAUGCCCAACCCACAAAAUGAAUACGCAUCGCCUUAUGCUCUGGUUUCGGGUGCGUAACCUGCGCAUAUUUUCCUUCGAAAACAGCACAGAAUACUUCAAUGCUCCCGCGCUGCCUUGUACAAUCCAAAUCGAAUCCCAAUUGUUAAACUCGCGAAAUUCUACGUGCGUCCGCUGCAUGAUGGCCCCGCCUCGGACCGCGUCGUCAGAGGGCGUUAUGCUGAUCCCAGCCACCAAGAACAGCACGACUGGCUACAAGAACGUGUCCUACAAGCGCAGCAAAAACAAGUUCCAGGCGCAGGUGCAGGAUGGCGGCAAGUGUGUCCGCCUCGGCUCCUUCGACACCGCCGAAGAGGCGGCCACCGCCUACGCUCAGUCAGAGUACGGCCGCGCCGACGCCGCCAAGCUGCUGCAGCCCCGCCCCGCUCCCACUCCCGCUGGCGCCGAGGCGAUACGGCAGGCGGAGAGGGAGGGCCUCACCCUCACCGCCAGUAGCAGCAGCAACACCGGCUACAAAGGCGUCUGCUACCGCCAGAAGCAUCAAGGCAGCCAGAAGUACGAGCUGAAGGUGAGGGACGGCUGCAAGCAAGUGUUUGGAGACAGGCUCAUGAUUAUGCAGCAGCCCUAG